CGCGCUCGGGGGCGGGUCUACGGUGCGAGAGGACGCGCGCCCUGCGGCCCUGCCUCAAGUCGCCGCGCCACAGCUGCAGACACCCCCGCCACUCCCAGACUCUGGAGGGGAGGAUGGAGUCGGUGACCGUCGCUACCGACGGUGGGGACAGGUCAGGGGUCCCAGCAGGCUCAGGCCUGUCGGCUUCCCAGCGUCGGGCCGAACUGCGGCGGAGAAAGCUCCUGAUGAACUCGGAACAGCGCAUCAACCGGAUCAUGGGCUUUCACAGGCCCGCGGGCGGCGCGGAAGAAGAAAGUCAAACGAAGUCAAAGCAGCAGGACAGUGAUAAACUGAACUCCCUCAGCGUCCCUUCAGUUUCAAAGCGAGUAGUGCUGGGUGAUUCGGUCAGUACAGGAACGACUGACCAGCAGGGUGCUGUGGCUGAGGUAAAGGGGACCCAAGUGGGAGACAAAUUGGACUCUUUCAUUAAACCACCCGAGUGCAGCAAUGAUGUCAACCUUGAGCUCCGGCAGCAGAACAGAGGGGACCUCACCGCAGACACCGUCCAGAGGGGUUCUCGCCAUGGCCUGGAACAGUACCUUUCCAGAUUUGAAGAAGCAAUGAAGCUAAGGAAACAGCUGAUUAGUGAAAAACCCAGUCAAGAGGAUGGAAGUACAACAGAAGAGUUUGAUUCUUUUCGAAUAUUUAGAUUGGUGGGAUGUGCUCUUCUUGCUCUUGGAGUCAGAGCUUUUGUUUGCAAAUACUUGUCCAUAUUUGCUCCAUUUCUUACUUUACAACUUGCAUACAUGGGACUAUACAAAUAUUUUCCUAAGGGUGAAAAGAAGAUAAAGACAACUGUACUAACAGCUGCACUUCUGUUAUCUGGAAUUCCUGCUGAAGUAAUAAAUCGAUCAAUGGAUACUUAUAGCAAAAUGGGUGAAGUCUUCACAGAUCUCUGUGUCUACUUUUUCACUUUUAUCUUUUGUCAUGAACUGCUUGAUUAUUGGGGCUCUGAAGUACCUUGAAGCCUGCACAACUUGGAAGAAGAAGCUUACAAAAGAAAAAAUUUUUUUUCUAUAUUGCGAUGUCUCUAAAGGAGGCAGAUCGGUUUACACCUUUAUGUAAUUCUUUUUCGUUAUAGGGCUUGUUAAACCACUUUAUUAGGAAUGGAAUGGCAGGUCCCCUGUUUUGAAAGGGUUGCAUUUGUAUUAGUACUAAUAUGAAGAAUAGGGUACCAAUGUCAUUAAUUUUGAUUUUUCUUGUUUAAUUGGAAUCCCUAUUCUAUACUUUUCCUCUGACUUCUUAGAGUUGUAAUUCUUUUGGAGGCUAAGCUAGUGCUUUAGGGAGAGCAGAUAAACAUGAUCUCAGCCAGCCCUAAGGACUGCCGCUUGUAUUUGUGUCAUUCUGUCCUGAGAAACAAAGUCAUCUUAAAAAUAAAAUGAAAGAAACUGAAUUGUCUAAUGUUAAGUCUGCACACUGUAACUUUUCAUGUUGAAUUAGUAUCUUAAUUUUUACUCCAGCAAAAAAAUAUUUAAUGGAAGAAAUGAUUAAGAUUCAUACAUGUGAGAUUAGAAGGUAUUUAUAAAAUUCUGUAUACCAAACUCAGAAUUGGAAAUUUUCAAUUUGUGCUUUCAAUUUUAAGAAGUAUGUUUUUUAAAGCGAACAAGAACAAAAUGAUUAGAUUAAAAAAUGGGAUGUAAAGAAUUGAGGCAUACAUAACCCAAUAGCAUAAAUAUCCUUUUAACUAAUUUGGUAACAGUAUCAUAUUUGGAAGGUUUGUCUUCAAAGAGUAUAAAAUUUAAGUGGUAUAUUGCUUGGUGUUAUAUUUCCUUACAGAUUUUUUAUGGUCUAUUUGCUUAAUCCAUGUGAUAUUAAAAACAUAAACUUUUUUUUAUUA